CCCAAACACUUUAAAUCCAAUCCAAAUCCAGUCGCUCUGAAAUUUACUCAGAGAUUUGUUAGAGCUAGUCAGCUAGCUCAGUGAGUCAGAGCGAGCCGAUUGGGUUUGAUUUGCCAUGGAGCUGGACAUGGGUUCCAUGGCGGCGGCGAUAGGGGUGUCUGUACCGGUGCUGCGGUUCCUGCUAUGCUUCGUGGCGACCAUACCCGUGAGCUUUCUAUGGCGACUCGUCCCGGGUCGACUCGGCAAGCACAUGUACGCGGCAGGGUCGGGCGCUCUGCUCUCCUACCUCUCAUUUGGGUUCUCUUCCAAUCUGCAUUUCUUGGUCCCCAUGUUGUUGGGUUACGCUUCGAUGGUCCUGUUUCGCCGCCGAUGCGGGAUCAUCACGUUCUUCUUGGGAUUCGGCUAUCUCAUUGGCUGCCAUGUGUAUUACAUGAGUGGUGAUGCAUGGAAGGAAGGGGGCAUUGAUGCCACUGGAGCAUUGAUGGUCUUAACACUGAAAGUAAUUUCAUGUGCAAUAAAUUACAAUGACGGACUACUAAAAGAGGAAGGCUUACGUGAGGCACAGAAGAAGAAUCGAUUGAUUGGGUUGCCCUCAUUGAUUGAGUACUUUGGUUACUGCCUGUCCUGUGGUAGUCACUUUGCUGGUCCAGUUUAUGAAAUAAAAGAUUAUCUUGACUGGUCUGAAGGAAAGGGGAUUUGGAGCCGUUCGAAGAAAGGACCAUCACCAUAUGGGGCAACAAUCCGAGCCCUUCUUCAAGCUGCUUUUUGCAUGGCCUUGUAUCUGUACCUGGUGCCUCAUUUUCCUUUGUCCCGGUUUACUGAUCCCCUAUACCAAGAGUGGGGAUUCUGGAGACGAUUGGGUUACCAGUACAUGUCUGGCUUUACAGCACGCUGGAAAUAUUACUUCAUCUGGUCAAUUUCAGAGGCUGCUAUCAUUAUUUCAGGCCUGGGUUUCAGUGGCUGGACAGAAUCUUCUCCACCAAAGCCACGCUGGGAUCGUGCCAAAAAUGUUGACAUUCUGGGUGUUGAGUUGGCAAAGAGUGCAGUUGAGUUGCCAGUUGUGUGGAAUAUACAAGUCAGCACCUGGCUGCGUCAUUAUGUUUAUGAGAGACUCAUUCAGAAGGGAAAGAAGCCUGGUUUCUUUCAGUUGCUGGCUACACAGACUGUCAGUGCUGUUUGGCAUGGAUUAUAUCCUGGGUACAUCUUCUUCUUUGUUCAGUCAGCAUUGAUGAUUGCUGGUUCAAGAGUCAUUUACAGAUGGCAGCAAGCUCUACCUCCAACUAUGGGUCUGGUCAAGAAGAUUCUGGUGUUUUUGAACUUUGCUUACACACUUCUGGUUCUAAACUACUCCUGUGUUGGUUUCAUGGUAUUAAGCCUGCACGAAACCCUUGCAUCGUAUGGGAGCGUAUAUUAUAUUGGAACCAUUCUUCCAAUAGCAUUGAUCCUGCUUGGUUACAUAAUUAGACCUGCAAAGCCUGUGAGAUCUAAAGCUCGGAAAGAACAGUGAGGUAGGAAACACAAUUUUCUUCUCUUUGGAGUGGUGCUGGAGAUGAGAUUAAGAGACUGGAAGAGCUCUGCUUUCCAUGGAGAACAUUUGUUUUCAGCUGUGGAACAAUUGAGCCUGUUCACAUUUGAGUCAAUGUUAAGAUUUUGCUUUAAAUUGUUUAAAUUAGAAACUUGGGUUUUUGCU